AUGCUGGAGGCGCUGGAGGCGCUCAGCCACGAGGCGGACGCCGAGGGCGCGGGCGUGCCGCAGUCGCUGCGCGGGCUGCUGGAGCAGCUGCAGGGCGCGGGCGACGGCUCCGUGCUCGGCGGCAUGUUCCCCUUCUCGCAGCUGCUGGGCGUCCCUGGCGGGGGAGGCGCGGGCAACGCGCGCUUCCAGCGGCUGCUGACGCAGCUCGCGGCCGACCAGCCCGUGCACGCGCAGAUGGAGGCGCUGUCGGAGCUCUGCGAGACGCUGUCCAUGUCCUCGGAGGAGGCGGUGGCCGUCUCGGGCUUCAGCGUGGACGCCUUCGUGCCCGCCGUGGUGACGCUCAUCCGCCUGCCCAGCUCCAUGGACGUGCUGCUACUGGCGGCGCGCGCGCUGUCCACGAUCCUCGAGCUGUUCCCGGGCGCGGGCGUGCAGAAGGCGGCGGCCGAGCAGGUGAUCCCGUCGCUCUGCGAGAAGCUGCUGGAGAUCGAGUAUAUGGACGUGGCCGAGCUGUCGCUGCAGAUCCUCGAGCGCAUCGUGUGCAAGGCGGAGGCCGCGCUCAUCUCCAGCAGCAGCAGCAACAACAACAACAGCAGUAACAACAGCAAUAGUUCCAGCACGGCGGGCCCCAGCGCGGCGCAGCUCUGCGCGCAGUACCGGCUGGAGGUGAUCCAGGAGAACGGCCUCGUGGCGCUGCUGCAGUUCGUCGACUUCUUCCCGCUCGAGAUUCAGCGCCGCGCCGCGCGCAUCGUCUGCCAGCUCUGCACGGACUUCCCGCUCUCGAUGGAGGGCAAGAUGCGCCAGGGCCUGCCCUACAUCACCAACCUGCUGCGCUCUUUCGACAACGAGAUCCUGCAGAGCAGCUUCGCGUGUCUGCAGAAGCUCGGGGAGAGCACGGCGUUCUCGGAGAACGCGGAGUUCGCGUCCAUGGUGGCGACGGAGGAGAUCUGCGGCCUGCUGCUGACCAAGCUCACGUCCUACGCCAACUUGGAAGGCUCCGCGGGCAGCAGCGCGUCCUCGCAGUUGUCACCGACGGGGUACACCAGCAUGCUGCGCUUCCUGUCGUGUCUGUUGUCCUGUGUUCCGAGCGAUAUGAGCGCGUCCUCGGUCAUUGCGACCGCGUCACACUUGCGCUUCGUGAAGCUUCCGCCUAUCGUGACGGCGCUGCUGGCCAAGCCGGAAGUGAUUUCCGAGAACCAGCUACUGCGUGAGACGUUGAAGCUGAUCAUUGUGGUGCUCCCCAUUGCCGAAGAACUCACCUCGAGGGACGUGAUCCCCCCUGAGAUGCUCGCCUUGGCGCAUGCAAUUUUGCCGCUGAUUAUUAAGGUCUACGACGUGACUUCGCGCGCUGAUUUGCGCUACGACUGCCUCGGUGUCAUCUUCAGAAGCUGCUCGCUGAUGCAUGCCAGCCAGCAGCCUUUCACAGCCCAAGAACGCACCGAGUUGUCCAGACUUGCAGCUUUCCUUGCCCGUGUACUGCGUCCUAAGCGCAACGACUCGACAGCAACGUCCGUGUCUGCGCUGGUUAAGGCCGAGAAGGACUUCGUACCCGUGCAACUUGCUCUGCGAAUUAUCGAGGUGCCUCUGCAGCACGCUGGCGCGCAGGAGGCAGCGACGGGCAUUUUCGAGCGCCACGGUGUUGCAAGCAUCAUCCGCUUCUACGCGUUCAGCCCCAAGCAGGACGAUGGGGCUGAAAGCGACUUGCAGGAAAUUCAAUCCACUUCAGCCCGGCUGGCUCGCGAGUAUUUCGGCAAUGAGAGUUCAAUCAUUAGCGUGAUGGCUCAAUUGGAGGGCCUCGUGGAAGAGCUUCAAACAAAAUUGACAUCCACCGGCUCAACCGAAACUGAUCAGCCUUCGUCACUACUCGAUGCACUACUGAAGCUGCGGGACUUUGUUGCUCAAGGGGACGACUUCCUGACGGCACACGAGCUCGCGUGCAGCGGUCUAGUGAAAGUGCUCAUUCAGAUUCUGUCGAGCGAUCAAGGCCAGCAAGUCUUUGCUAGAAUGCUGGAGGCGCAAGGAGAUGAGGGUGAUGGCGCGGGUUUCGUGGCAUCGCUGUUGCGGUGCUUGCAGGACGCCAUCUCUUCGGAAAAGGACGCGUUCUCGGUUUCUGUCGCAUCGCCUGACAUGGGGCUUUCAUCGGGUAGCGUCGCAACUGACUUGGAUCAGUUGACGCAGCACAUCAAGGUUCACGUACUGAUUGAGGAGACGAAGCCUGCAGCGGAGCCGGACAAUGAAGAUCAGAGCACCCAACAGGCCGACUCGCGCGAGGAGCAGGAGUCGGAAGAAACCCCUCUUCGCUGGAUGAAGAAGACUUCGUCGAAGCGGAAUGGAAGCAACUACAAGUCCAACAAGAGCACGGUGCAUGACACUGUUGUGCUCGUGGAGCCCCUUGCUAGGAUCGAGACGAUGGAGGACUUUAUUGCCGACAAGCUGUUUGGCAGAGGCGGAAGCGCUGAGUCCAUUCUGGAUGAGUUAACCGGUACAGAUGCUGAGAGUGAAGAAGCGGCGGAAGACGAGAGCGGGGAGUUUGCAAACGAUGUCGUGAAGCCGCGGAGAGUCGUGGCUACAUACAAGGGGCAGGUUCUUCCGUCUGACAUGAGCAUCCUUGAAGCGAUCGUCAAGUUUGGAGGUGUGAAGGCGGAUGGUAAGGCGAAUGUGGAGCGGAGUGACUCAGCGACUGCGACUUCUUCAUCAUCUCGAUCGCGUAUCUGGACAGCGUCGCCUCAUGAUAUCACGUUCCGAGUAGCUGCUAGUUCUUCUGAAGACGCGAGUGGCUGGGAGUCUGCUGGCGAGGACUUGAAAAUUGCGGCAGCAUUUACGGCCACUUCAGACGCAGGAGUAUCUGUAGUGACGGGCCAGUGGUGGGAUGAUGUGUGGGACUUGUUGCUUUUGCUGAAGCUUGUGCGUAACCAGUGUGUUGGGAAAUCGUUUGGAGCGCCGCUCAAUUUUGUGAACAGCUAUCUCAGUCUCCAAGUUCGGCGCGCGUUGCAGCAGCCUGUCCGUGUGGUUACGAACUCCCUUCCCGAGUGGUGUUUCCGUCUGGUGAAUGAGUUUGCGUUCGUGCUCGAGUUCGAGACGCGGUGUCAUUUCAUGUACGCGACGACGUGUGGAUGUUCGAGGGCUAUUCAGUAUUUGUGUCGGUCGGUGUGGAGGAAGGCCGUGAUGGAAGAACCAGCCCCAGUGCACCAGACUCGGCCAACCACUAGUGGCGGCCGGCGCCGCUACCGUGACGGAUCAAGUCGCACGCGGACAUCCGGCUUAGACAACAUUUCUCAAAUGGUGAAGCUUCCACGGCUGAAAGUGCGAGUGGCUCGAUCUCGUCUCCUGCAAUCGGCAAUGAAGUUGGUGGCAAUUUACGGUGGAAAGAAGGCGGUAAUCGAGAUUGAGUUCCUCGGGGAGGUCGGUACGGGUCUGGGACCAACGACCGAAUUCUUCACGCUUGUCUGUCAACAGAUUCAGGCAAAGCAGUUGCAGUUGUGGAGAGAUGACGAUCUAGCAAGUGCAGCGUCCGACACAAUAGACACGGAGCAAAAGCGUGAGGCAGUUGGAGAUGAUGCAGAGGGUUCUAAGACAGCCCAAGCCAAGAGCUCUCUUGCGAUUAGAGGGUACCAUCGUGUUGCAGUGUAUCAUUGUUCAAAGUGCAAGACGCUACACAUUCCGAGCUGCUCGGUGCACCACCAACUGCUUACGCAUGAGAAGAAGGUUGCGGACAAGGAGACCUCAAGCGAACGCGACGCAACUGAAGCUAAAGCCAAGAGCGCUCCUUCUUCCAAGUCAGCACGGCGGAAGAUCUCUAGAAAUUCGGUUCCGCAGUGCGCUCAGUGCUUAGAUGACCACGACUGGCAUUCUGCGGCUGCGGCGUGUGAGUGCAAGGGUGAAGAAGGCGAUGACAAGACAUCAGCUGGAUGCGCACUCAAGUGGUGGAUCUUGAGUGACGAGGAAGUGCAGUAUCUGGCCAAGGUUUUCCCUCGGCACACGAAGAAGGUGAACCAUCCAGUGCUGCAGUGCGCGCACUGUGAUACCGUCAACUUUCCCGGAACGGACGCCGGCAUCGUGGUGAUGGAUGGAGACCGCAUGGUUUCGCGCUCGGGUCGCCGAAUGUUUGAGCGGGAUUACCGAGCUGUGACUAAGCAUGUAUCGCCGCUGUGUGAGGGCACGCCUCUUAACGUAAUGACGUCCGCGAUCACCCGAAGCGAUGUGGAUAUGCUGGUGGAGAACCUGGCGCAGAGCCCGGAGGUGCUGGAGUCGGAGGUGGAGUCUCUCAACUACCUCAGUGAAGCUUCGCUCGCCGGUGGCAACGUCGGCGGCGGGCCGCCUGUGACAGCUCCGUUUGGUUUGUACCCGAAGCCGUACCUGAACGACCCGGCGCUGGACGAAGCGAAAUCAUCUUGUGAGUCAAGUGAUUCUUCGAGUUUGGAAGCUGAUGCGUCGUCUCUCAGUGGGGACGAAGUGGACGUGCUGACGUGGUUCCGAUUCCUGGGCCGCUUUGUGGGGCAGGCCAUCCUGGACGAGCGGCUGCUGAAUUUGCCGUUCGCUCGGCCGUUCCUGCGCGCGCUGCGCGGCGAGAAGAUGGUGGGCGGCGGCGUAAGCGUGGAGAAGUCUCUCUCGUUCGUGGAGGAGCUGGAUCCUGCCGUCGCCAACUCGCUGCGCUAUCUGCGCGAUUUGGCCACCAAGUACGCGGCGACGUCGGGCCAAUCGUCGGCGGAGGUGGCUGCGUGGACGGAGGAGGUGGAUUCUCUGUGCCUCUCGUUCACGAUGGUCGGCGCCGACGAGAUUCCGCUCGAGGCCGGCGGCGAAGACGUCUCUGUCACGCUGGACUCGCUGCACCGGUACGUGACGCUGAACCUCGAGUUCCUGCUGGACCGAACGAUCACGAGUCAAGUGCAGGCGUUCAGGCAAGGCUUCGAGCAGAUCUGCGGCGGCGACCGGCAGCUCUUCCGCUUCCUGCAGGCCUUCGAGGUGCGCGAGCUCGAGGCGCUGCUGAGCGACCGCGGCGCCGGCAGCACCAUGUGGGAUCGCGACGGCGUGGAUCUGCGUGAACACAUGGUGUGCGACCACGGCUACACGGCCGACAGUCGUGCGAUCGCCAACCUCGUGUCCAUCCUGUGCGAGCUGACGGUGGAGGAGCAGCGGCUCUUCGUGCGCUUCGUGACGGGGGCCAACCGCCUGCCGCUGGGCGGCCUGCGCAGCCUCGAGCCCAAGCUCACGGUCGUGCGCAAGCUCACUGAGGCGGGCGACUCGGAGCUGAACGACGCCGUGCUGCCGUCCGCCUCCACGUGCACCAACUACCUCAAGCUGCCGGAUUACUCGACGCGCGAGAUCAUGAAGCAGCGCCUGCUGUUCUGCAUCCACGAAGGCCAGUGCAGCUUCCACCUCUCGUAA